GUUGCUUAGUGGAGCUACCAUUACUUCACUUGUCAACAGACCCCAACACUAGUUAUGGACCCUCGUACCAGUGCCCAGGAUUUAAUCCGAUGUGACCUGUGUGAGACUGCUAUAGUACAGAUGCACUGUGAUAUAUGUCUGGUCAACCUAUGUAGGGCCUGUGUAGGAGAUCAUAUUUCAACUGAUGAAAUCAAGGAUCACAGAGUGGUAAAAUAUCAGUCUAGGAAUUCUACCCUAAUCUACCCUGGAUGUACUUCCCAUGAAAAGGAACAAUGCGAGAUGUUCUGUAGACAUUGUGACAUUCCUGUCUGUCACACUUGCCUGGCAUCCAAUCAACAUCUUAGUCACAAGCUCUCAAAACUUUUGCACGUUGUAGGUGAAAAGAAAGACUUGAUCAGGAAAGAACACAAAGAAUUAAAUGAAACAGUUUAUCCCACCUACAAGAACAUGGCAGUUGAUGUGCAAACCAGUAUGAGUCGGUUAGAGAAGGAAUAUGGAGAUCUAUCAACAGUCAUAACAAAACAUGGAGAGGAAUGGCACAAACAGAUUGACCAACUUGUCAGAAAACUUAAAACGCAGCUCAAUAAAACAAAGGUCUUGCAGUUACAAACGUUACAGAGACAUCUAGAUGAAAUUCACAUGAAAAUUGUUAAUAUUAAAGAUGUUAUUGAUUCUCUUGCUAUAGCUGCAGACUCUAAUGACAUUUCAACACCGUUCAGUGUUAGAUCCAAGGUAGAAAGAUAUAAGAAACUUCCACAAAAGCCUGUUCUGCCUGUACCAAAAUUUAUUCCAGGGACAAUAUCAAUUCAAGGGGGAGAACUUAGUAAACUAUUUGGAGCUUUAUCAUCCAUUUCUUUUCAAUCAGAAGAGUAUAAACACAGUAUGAAAAUAACACCAAAAAAUCCGAAAUUUGGAUAUAUAAUGGCUCAACAAUCAUCAGCAUUUCAAUGCCGACAUCCAGUAAAAAAAGUACUUGAGACACCAAGAGUUUCCAUAAGAAAUAUUUCAUGUUUGGGCUACCAUGAAAAUGAUGCAUCUGGUUAUUCUGGAAAUACAGCCUCAGGAUACACUGAAAAUGUUGUCCCAUACUUCCCUGGAAGUUUUAUCUCAGACUAUCCUACAAAUCCUGCCGUAGGGUACCCUGGAAACGUUGCCUCAAGCUUCCCAGGAAAUGUUGCCUCAAGCUUUCCAGGAAAUGUUGCUUCAAGCUUUUCAGGAAAUGUUGCUUUAAACUUUCCUGGAAAUGAUGCACUAGGCGACCCUAGAAAUAUGAUCUUAGAUUACCUUAGAAAUCCUACUAUAGGCUAUCCUAGAAAUGUUGCCUCGGUUGUCUCAGACUACAUCAGAGAUAUUGCUUUAAACUACCCUCGAACUUCGAACUACCCUGGAAAUGUUGCCUGUUUUGGAAACGAAAUGACUUGGUUAAGUGUAAAUAGCGACAUCAUGACACUCUACCGUUUCAAUCAUGGCUUACAAGUCAAGACAAUAAAAACAAAGUCAGGAAACAACCCGUCAGACAUAGCAGUCACACAUAGUGGCGAUCUUGUUUACACUGAUUACAGAGAUGGAUCUGUCAAUAUUGUGAACAAUGGGGGCAUAAAGGAAAUGAUCAGACUACAGUAUUGGAGACCUCACGGAGUCUGUAGCACCUCCUCUGGUGACUUCCUGGUUAUCAUGGAAAGUAAUGAAAACAAACAAGCAAGGGUUGUCCGAUGUUCUAAUUCCAAGGAGAAAAAAUCCAUACAGUUUGAUGAUGAAAGUAGACCUCUUUAUUCAUGCAGUGCUUCUGAUAAGUACAUAUGUGAAAACAGGAAUCUGGAUAUCUGUGUGGCUGACGGCGGAGCUAAAGCAGUAGUAGUUGUUAACCAGGCCGGAAAACUAAAAUUUAGAUAUUAUGGACGAACUCCUUCACCACGAAAUAAACAAUUCAUUCCAAGAGGAAUCACUACAGACAGUCAGGGACACAUUCUUACUUGUGAUGAUAACAAUAAAUGUGUCCAUGUGAUAAAUGAAGAUGGAGAUUUUAUACGUUACAUUAGCUGUGAGAGUCUUUACAUACUAUGUGGGUUGUGCACAGAUACAGAUGAUAAUCUGUUCCUUAUUGGUUAUGAACAUAUCUCAUCCAGGUGCACGUUAGAGUCUUAUGACUGUAAUAGAAAUAUGUCCGGUUGUUCAACUUCAUUAAAGUUUAGAUUCAGCUACGACUGUCUUCAUCAUGGGCGAUGUAAUCUGGCGGCGCCUAUCCCUCCCCAGCUGAAGUUACCCCGUAACCUGGAGGUCAGAAUACAAAGCACAUGUCAGGUUGAUAACACGAAUGUGUCAUGUGAGAAGAGUAUAGACACACAUUUUGUAAUUUUGAAAACGGACGGAAAGAGUUUAUAUUAA